AUUGGGCAUACACGAUCUAAGUAGGCAGGAUUUGAAAAGUCUGAGCCUUUAACCUGUCCUUCAGAAGUUAUUGUGUUCUUGCCAGCAUUAUUCCUUGCAUUCCUGCAGAUACUCAGAGCCAGAUACAUUAAAAGCUUGCUCUGUUUCCUUGGUAACUUGAAAGCUUAAAUGGCAACAAAUUCAAAAGAUUGGGGAAGGGGUGAAGACAUGCACGUUUACCCUGUGGAUAUCAGGUGUUUUUCUCUCAAAAUCAUCUUGAGUUUGCCGUUUUGGAACACCGUGGGCCUGCAUAAGAGAGUCGUUGCCGUGUGUGACUUUUGGAGGAAACCUGCAGCUUCAGGCAUUUGAGGGUGGGAUCUAGGGUUUGCCAAGUAGUAGCCUGAUUGACUGGUGCCUUUCGUAGCAUUCGGGUGACACUCAGCACUCCAGGCUCUCUCCCCAGCUUCUGUUGUGUGGGAAUACCUCACCGCAGAACCAAUUUUUUUGUGCAUUAACGUUCCAUAAACGUAUGGUAAUAAGCAUAACCAAAAGAACUGAUUGUUAAUUAGAAGGAAAAAAGAGCUAAGGGAAGAGAAAUGGAGUUAGGAAUGCUCUAUUUCUGUUUAGCGAGUAAAACAAAAUGGCUCUUGUAAAGAGGCUGUAGGCACUUGUUCACCUCUGGAUGUUUUGUUGUCCAUCAUACUGCCAACAGCUGAUACUUUUUACAUCCUACAGUUACAAUCAGGUCAGGUUUAAUGACCACAAGAAUCUGUCUCUUACAGUUUCAUAUACACAAAAACAUAGAUUUUUAUCUUUUUUAAUUAUUAUUGCUCACUAUUCUAAGGAAUAUUGUUUUCUUGACAGGAGUCAUUCUACAGUGCUCAGAAUUCAAGUUAUGGUUUAUGUAUCAUAUGUCAUUAUAUGCUAGAGUUAAAAUAAACUUGAUAUGCACCAGAGAAAUCUGUAAGCACAUUUAAAAUACCCUGAUAUCUGUUUGGUAAGAGAUGAGAGCCAAGAGUGGUCUGAAUGUUCGUGUUACCAUUGCCAUAACUGCUUGACUAUGCAUGCAUCAUAAUGAGCCUUUAAUUUCCCUUUAAUUUGUGUAUUGUGAUUAAUUAAGUAAAUUACAUAUCUUUGCCCACUUUCUUUUAAUUUAGUUCUCUUUCCCAUGUAAUUUGUCUGACCGUUUGCAUAUAUUUUCAAAAUCAACUUUUUUUUUUUUCUGUGAACAUGUAUACUCUUCAUUUUCCUUUUCAAGUAGGUUAGAUGGUUGAAGAGUUAGUUAUGGAUUACAUAAUAUUGUGUGGGCUCUCAACACUGUAAGAAGGCUUAAUUGCUGAAACACAAAAUACAGAAACACUUUGCAUUUGUGCGUAUUUGCUUUUUGAACAAAAUUUAAAUCCUGCACUGGAAAUAGUCACAUUUCCAAAUUAUCUGAUAAUCUGAAGUAUGACAUAUAUUAAGAGGUACUCUGUUAAAUAAAAAAUAGUAAUAAAAGGGUUUGUUCCUCGUUGUGUCUAGUAAGACAGAAAAGCCUCACAAAUACUAUUUCUAAAAUGAGGGCCAGACGUAACUUUUUUUAAGUGAAGUCAGAGUAUCUCAUCUCACUUCAGGAGAACUACUUUCUGAGCAAGUGCUGCAGGAUCAAACCUUUCAAAACUUCUUGCCCAUGGGUUCUGAAACCCUCGGCUAGCAGAAAUCAACAGAAAUUCUGCUGCUGAACUCUGGAGCAAACAUCCAGCUAGAAAAAAUUUGGAUAAUUAUUGGAUUAACAUAUUUCCACUUCAUGAUAAAGAGAGACUUGAGAAAUGGUUGCGGAAUAUGAAACGAGAUGCAUGGACUCCAAGCAAGCACCAGCUCCUGUGCAGUGAUCAUUUUACUCCCGACUCCCUUGAUGUGCGAUGGGGUAUACGAUACUUGAAACAUACUGCUGUACCAACAAUUUUCUCUUCCCCAAAUGAUGAGGAAAAAGAUUCUUCUCAGAACAGCUCACAAGAGAGAGAGAGAGAAGAUACGGAAGAAACAAAUACAAAUAUAGUGUCAGAGAAAGCACAUGUAUCACUUGAACCUUGUACGCCAAAGAAAAAUCCUGUAAUUGCAGAAAAUGUAGGUGAAAAAGCAGAAGUAGUUUGCUCAACUGCAUUGACUAAACCUUUACAAAUUCAAAAACUGCAACUUCAAAAUGGCGAAGACUUUCAGGCAGACAGUGUUGUUCUUGAUAGUUCAUCUAAGCAGCAUAUACAUCAACCUAAUCCUGUUUUAAUGGCAGCAGCAGUCCAAAGCAUGGAAUCUACCAGUGCUCAUACUUCUGCAGAGGAUCCAGUAGGUUGUACCGCUACAGUCUUGCAGUUUACUGACCCUGACUACUUGAAUUCAUCUCUGAAACUGAAAAAUGCUUUAGGUUCAAUUACUGACUAUGCAAUUGAAAAUCCUAACUCUCAUGUUGUAGGCUGCUCUGUUGAAGUACAGCCGACAAGUGAAAAUGCAGUUUUACUGAGUACAGUCACACAAACGAUUGAACAGUUCAGUGGAAGUGAAGAAUCUGUCAUUGCUAUUAUUGUGCCAGCCGAGAGUUCAGAAGCGCCUGAAAUAGUAAAUAGUUCUUUCCUGCCUAUUAAGCAAGAGUUUCUUGACACAGAGGAGACAGAAACAGAUCAAUCUGUGUAUAUGAAUGCAUAUGGUGGAAGUGAAGUAUUGCAAACUGAGCAUUCAUACUGCAAACAAGACAUAGACAGAGAUCACCUUUGGCAAAAAAUUUCAAAGCUCCACUCCAAGAUAACUCUACUUGAAAUGCAGGAGAUAAAAACUUUGGGGAGACUCAGGUCCUUGGAAGCUCUCAUUGGACAAUUGAAGCAAGAAAACCUGCUUUCUGAAGAGAAGCUGAAGAUUGUAGAAAACUGCUUUACAACACUUGAAGUGACUAUGAUACAGUAAAGGCUUUUGAUGAUUGUUCUAAAGUAUCUUUUUAGCCUCUGAUUGUCCUUUUGGACAAAUUAACUUUUGUUUCAGUCAUGGUAUUUUAAACAUCUAAUGCAAAUUGUGUGAAUAGCAAAUAUUCUUUAAAAUGUUACGUCAACCACUACCAAAGCUAGGUGGUAGAUUAUUGCCUAUAAAACGUGACUUGCAAGUAAGCUUUAAAAAAAAAAUUAAACCUGUUAAAGUUUUGUUAAAAAGUAUAUUAAUUGAAUCAAUAAAGAUAAGUUAAACCUUUCUAGCUGCAGGCUCUUCUGAAACAUGCAACUCCUGCAUUUGGGACAACAGUAGAACAGACAGAAUAAGCAUGUAGGAUGGACAAUUAUAAAACUGUUGUUUAAAAAAAAAAAAAGUAGUGUCCCAAUUCUCUUUCAAAUGAGUAAGGUGGUAUGUAAUACACAUUGUCCAGUGAGGCCACAAUUACUCGUUAGUCUUCUGUUCAUCUAACAUUUGUUCUGAUGGGUUUUUGUACACUUUGAUCUUAUUAAAAUUGUUUCUGCAGUAAAA